AUGGAAGCGACCGACUCUGGGAACGGUGAAAGACGAUGUCAAGCUCCCAUCACCUGUGUUCAUCAGCCAGAUCCAGGGAUUCCAGGGAGGUCUGCACGAGUGGCAGCAGGAAGGUUGCCAAGACUUGAGGCAGUAGAGGCAACAGAGCCAGUAGUGGCGCUGGUCCAGAGGAAACCUUCUUCCAGACUCGGCCGCCAUUUGACGACGCCGCCGCGAACACCGCGGCACGGUGGCAACAGGAAUCCCAAGACUGAGGAGAGCCUGGAGCCAGCUGAGGACGUGGCAACUCCAGACCCAGUCUCGCGCAAAAGAGAGAUUGGACAUGACCAGGCUGCUCAGAAGCCCUUUGCAACCACGACUAGCUGUUCGCAGAGGGGCACGGCAUUUGUCGAUGUCGAGAUGUCAGAGGUCGAUGAAGAGCUUCUCACAGACCUCACCCAAGAGUUGGACAGCUUGGAACGAAGUGUGGACUUGUACUUCCCUCAGCAGCUCGAAGAAGUGGAUGGAGUCUUCCGCGAGAUGCAGGAGCUGCGUUUGAAGGCAGCGAAUUCAGCCAACACUCCACUGCUGGCGGAACAGGGUGGUGGAGCAUUGCUUUGGGCAAAGUCCUCCUCUGCUGUGCAGGCGAGUCAUUGGGUAGCUGCUGGCGCAGAGGCUGCUGCUAAGACCUUCCGCACCCUUGCACAAUUGGAAGCUGUGCCAAGCCAGGUGCCUGUGGUUGCCGAGGAGGCUCCUAUGCCAUGCCAUUUGAGAGGAGAACCUGUGUGCGUCCAUCUGUGCCAAGACGAGGAAGCCUUGAAUGCCAUUGUGCAAGCGCGAAUUGCAGAAGUCACGAGGUGCUUCUCCGGCCAAAGUGGCUGGCCAGAGCGUCUGCAUGCAACAGUGGAGUUAAAACUGCUCCAAGAGGUCCGUGCCGUCCAAGAGAAUUUGGCGGAAGCACGGCGACAAAGACAGCGCCGUCAGGAGCUGCUUUUAGAGGCAGCCAGAGCUAUCCUGGAAGACUUUGGACGUGGUUUUAGUCCGACACAGGCCCGAGCUCGCUCUCCUUCCACCUCAUCGGAUGGCAGCACUGAAACACUCUUGUGUGCCCAUCACGGCUGAAAACCUCUCACGCAAGAGACGACGCGAGC